AUGCAGUCGGUAGCAGUGACGAGCAACUUGAUUCCGACAGAGUUUGUGUCGAGUGAUGCAGUUAGCGGUGCGAGUGGAGAGGAGCAUGCGUGGCUGACAGCGUCGAUUGUGGAGAGCGUUCUGCCAACACAGUGGAACCACGCCCAGGCGCCUACGUUUGGCGUGGUGAAGGCAAGCUCUAGGGUGUACGAGGACGAGUUGGCAGUGUUGUGGAUCUCGCAGCUCGAGGUAGCGGAGCUGGACGCCACUGCUGCGGAUAUGAACGUGACUCUGGAAGUGUUGCUACCGGAGACAAGUGUCUGUCAAUGGGUCCCACUAGACGCCCGCGGAAGGUUUCCUCCGCGCGUCCGUAUAUGCCCGCCGUCGUUGUCUAUUGCGAUGUCGAACGCGUCGAUCAGCGAGGGCGGCGUGUUCUACGGCAACAUCACGGUGGUGCCGACGAAGGCGGAGUUGUACUACCGGGUCCAAGUGUUUUACCCACCUGCUUAUAUUGCUCAAGCGGCGGAUGCUACCUUGGGCCAGAGCUGGUCUACAGGUACAUCAGGUAUUUCCAGCCACCUGCUUUCGUCGUUUUCAACAACCCUGGGGUCAGGCGUUGGCAAGGUUACGACAACAUCGUUGUCAUUGAUGCCGAUUGCAAGGAUUUCGGGGAAUCUGAGCGUGGAUGUGCUGGUGGUAACGUCAACAGUGGACAUAGGCUCGGACUUCUUUGGCUCCGAGUGCUAUCUACGUGCUUCCAGCAGCAAAGAUGUUUACAGCUGUCUACCUUCUGCGCAGUGGAAAUCCAUGACGGUGACAUCGCAGUCGAUGGCCCUGGUGAUCUAUCCAGUGGCGGAGGCUCCGAGGUUUGCGGCAUCUCCAGGUGAGCUGUCAAUCGUGGAGAACGGCGUCGCAGUGGUUACAGUGAGCAAUUGGACCCUCGGAGAUACCGACGGGUCCGAAAGCAUGUACCUACGUCUUCAGUGCGGAGGUACCUCCUGGCAGAAGGUGUCCGUCGACGGUAUUUCAAGUAAUGGUUCAUUGGAUACGACUUCAUCAACGACGAGCUUCGAGUUGCGUCCGCUUGCUACUUACCGGAGUGACACGCAGGCUGACCUAAGUGUGCAACUGAGUCCGCCGUCGUACUUCUCCGGGGUUAUUGGAUGCACUCUGGUUGCACACGCCAUUGACCGCAGUGGCGCUUUCGUCUCGGAGGACACGUACGAAGUUCUGUCGAGCGCGACGGUGACCCCGGUGGCGACAGUGCCACUCGUGUCGCUGACGACGACGUCGUUUAGCGCGGUGGAAGACGGCGUGGCCGUGUGCGACUCGGUGUCGGCGUUGCUGGUGGAUGCGGACGGGUCCGAGGCGUUGUUCUUGGUUGUUGAUUUGGGCGAGUACGAUCGGUACGUGACAUUUGUGACGUGGCGAUCGGGCGAGUCGGUGGCGUCGUUCUCGACGAAAGCGGACGGAGCGGUGCCGUCGAUGGUGUUUGGUGCGCCGUCGCAGCGCGUUGUUGCGGUCGGUGCUGGUGGUGUGGAGAUGCACGGCAGUGUGGAGAUCGGUUUGGUAGCGGGAUACAGCGGCGAGCUGCAUUUGAGCAUCUGGAGCACGUCCGUUGAAAGAGGUUUACUUGCCUCUGGUGUUGCUCCUGACACGACUGUCGCUCGUGCAGGAUCACUCCAAGUUCUGGUGUCGAUUACUCCGAUCUGCCAUGUCGCCAAUGUAGUAUUGAACCCAGUGACGACUACAACAAAGCCUUUGGUGGCUGUCCCUAUUGAAGUGGUUGGCUCGACAAUUGACACGGAUGGAUCGGAGGUUCUUUCAGCGCAAGUGGCGGUGAAUAGUUCCGCAGUGUUGAGUUUAUACGGGACAAAUGCAUCAGAGAACUUGCUUGCUGGUGGUGAUACGGCCGUUCUGCCUCGUGUGGAUUCACAACCGGUCUUCCGCGUGGAUCAGACAUUCACCGUAGUACCUAGAGCGGAUUUUGUGGGGUUCUUUAUGGUAAACGUGACCGUCAAGACCACAGAGUUGGCAACUGGAGAGACGAAAUUUAUAUCCGUCGUAGCAACGAUACUCGUGACCCCGGUGGAUCCGGUUGUGCGUUUGAACUCAGUAUCUCACGCAUACUGGAACGAAUUUGUGCAGGUGCCGUUUCAGCGGCUGGAUGCGCAGCAAGAAGUUGUAAACCGCGAACACCUUCUCCUUUACGUGGAGAAUAGGACCCAGGUUGCUGAUAUUUACGCUGGCUUCAAGCGGCUGGCAGCACUUACACUUGGAGCUGUGGAUCUCUACGUGAUCCCGUACACACUAAGGGAUGUGGUGAGUGUGCGGCCUCGGGAGUAUUGGUACGGCUACAUGAAAUUAUUCACUCUCGUAACUACGGUGGCUUUCGAUAUUGCAUCGACUCCGAACCGAACCGCGUAUCAAGGCGCCAGCGACGGUAUUGUGAUCCUGGACAUUCCUGUCAUGAUUCAUCCGCGACCCAUUGUUCCGUCCUCUUCUCUUGCUACAUCUUCACGUGGAGGCUUCGUUGUUGGGGGGAAACCGAUUUCGCUUACGUUUGAUAGUGUUUUCCCGUACGACGGGUGGGGGCGAUCCAUUACUGGGGGUAUGGCCAGUCAAUUGGCAAUUGCCCCACAAAGUAUUGUGGACUCAUUGUCGACGAAUCUUUCCAUGUCGGUGAACAAAGCUGCUCUACGAGGGGUUGGAGCGUACGGACUGUAUUCGGCGGUGUUGACAACGACAACGCUUACAAAUGUUUCCAACGUUAGGCUACAGCUGGUUGGGGAGGCCGGCCGAGGAGCUCUGGGCUUCGGCAAAUCUAUCAGAGUCUUCCAAGUUGGUGACAACCAAAACGUCACGUUCCCCCUAUCAGAUUUCGGACUGAUGAGCGAACUGAAUGAUCUCGUGAGCGUGCAGGCGCUCAUCGCUGACAAUGCUGUGGACGGGUUGAUUGUUGGAUCGACGCUGCUGACGGGUGAAGCUGAGACGCAGUGGGGAUCAACGGUGAAGUUCAGCGACCUGCACUACGAAUUCCAUGGGAGCAAGAGUCCCACGUGUGUACCCGCUGCGGAGCCGUCGUGUUUACUCAGCCGAGUCAUAACGGUGAUGCCGCGCAAAUACGUCGCACAAACCUUCAACGUCACGAUGAAACUGGUGUCGAGAGUCUCGAUCAACGAUACGGCGUUUGGGUCACUCUCGACAGUCACCACAUUUGCGAGAUGUCGAGUGGUGGUGACGCCCGUUCCGAACACUCCAGCGCUGGUGUUGAACAGUGCGUCAGUGACAAUGCUCGAAAAUAUAUCUGGUGCAUUUACGAUUGUGGAGGCAUCUACGCCCGUCAUUGAAGUGGACACGAGUUUUGAUCCACUUUACUUGGACGGAAUUCAAGUCGACAGGGUUACUGUCACAACUCCUGCAGCUGCUGGUACGGCAGUGCUUCUACCGAGAAGCUCGGCAAUGACUAUCACAUCGAAUCGACUCGUGACACUUGUGCCCCGCCGAAACUUUGCAGGGAGUUUUACGAUUCAAAUCGGCGCCACAAUUAUUGAGACAUCGACGGGUGAAACUACACGCGUUUCAACGAGUGUAUCAGUCAGCGUUGCAGUUGUUGCAGACACACCAGUGAUGCACAUCGCUACAACUGAAAUCCGUGUCAACCAAAACGUCCCUGGCGAAUUCACAGUCACCUCCAUCGCUUUGACGGAUGCCGACAAUUCUGAAACACUCCGGCUUGUGAUUUCGGAUUCAAGUGGAUCGGCGCUGAAGACAGCGGAGGUGUCUGGCGGUGCGCAGUUGGUGAAGGACAAUGCCAGCAGCAAGUUCGUUCUGGCGGCUCUGCCUGCUACGUCAAGCAACUUGCUCAUUCGGCUCACUCCCGUCGCGACUUGGUUCGGUUCAACACAGCUUCAGAUCAGCGCGAUGUCUCGGGAAUCAAGCAACGGCAAUGAGGCCACCACCUCAGUCAGUGUGACUUUUACUGUUCUUCCGGUGGCCGACACACCUACGCUUGUCGUGGAGAAUACUCGUGGACAACUAACCCAGGCGACCCGAGUCGGCAUUGUGUCCGUAGGCGUUCCAAACCAUGCCAAGUUGUAUGCGACGUUGCUGACAGGGUACUUGAUUCCGCGAUCCACUGAUUUGAUCGAAGUUAAGUGGCAGUCGCAGGUGCUCUCGUUGGAAACUAUGGCUGAUAUUUCCUCGUCCAGUUUGUAUCGACUGCCAUCGACUACGACGCUCCAGCAGCCUACCAUUAGUGUGAGCACUGCGAAGUGGGUGAGUUCAAUUACGUUCGACGUUGUGGUCGUGGCAGCUAUCAGCGUCUCGGGUACUUCACAGCGGACCUCUCAAGCUACAACUGGGUAUCUUUUGGCAAAAGGCCAAAGAUCCGGCUUUCUCAGCACGAGGAGAGAGUGCACGGCGAAGACAGGAUCAGGCCCCCAUCGCGCGACACGUGGAACCGCCAGUUGCAGCUGCACAUAG